CUUGAGGCGGACAGACCCAAAGACAGCGACCCCCGGCGCUUCCCCGACCUCGGGCAGGUCGUCCCUCCCUCCCUCCCCCAUGGACGACUUGACCUCUUCUUCUUCCUGCCCUUCCCCUCCAGGCCCUCCUCCCUGCUGCUACACCAUCUCCACAUCUCCACCCUCCACGCCGCAUACACGUCCAACCAGCGCCGUCCGUUUCUCGGCGCCGCGCGAUGCCGAGGGCGGUGGUGGACGUGGAGGACCUCCUGGUGCGCGUCAAGAACGGCGCCGAGCCCGAGCUCGGCGAGGUGGCAAGGGAGGUGGCGCGGUUAGCGCAGGAGGGAAGGCUCGGGGAGGACGACGAUGAGGACGGGCUGCUCGUGCCGGCGCUGCUCGCGCGGCUCGCCGGCGCGGGCGACGCCGAGGCCAGGGUCAGCGUCAUGGCCGCGCUGCGGCGGCUCGCGGGCUGCGCCGGCGGCGGGAACAAGGAAAAGAUGGCAAGCAUUGAGGCGCUUUCAAGCAUUGUGCGUUCCUUGUCUAGAGAUGUUGACGAGAGAAAGGAAGCAAAUGCGCUACUGCUGGAUUUGUCAGACAUCCCACAGGUUCGGCAGAGGAUUGGCAGGAUCAAAGGGAGUAUUGUAAUGUUAGUCACAUUGAGGAAUGCACAUGAAUCAGGCACCCACCAUGACGACGCGGAGAAGUUGCUGCACAUUUUGUCAUCCAACCCACAAAAUGUGCUGCUGAUGGCAGAGUCUGGUUAUUUUCGACCAUUGAUACAUCACCUGAAUGAAGGUUCUGAUAUGAACAAAAUCCUAAUGGCAACCGCUAUUUCCAAAAUGUUCCUCUCUGAACAGAUGAAAUCUUCCCUUGGAGAAGAUGGAGCAGUUGAGCCCCUCGUGGAAAUGUUUAAAUCUGGAAACUUUGAAGCCAAGCAAUCAGCCCUUGGUGCCUUGCGUAAUCUCUCUAGUUCUCUACGAAAUGCAGAACUUUUGAUAAAUUCUGGCAUAACAAGACAACUACUCCAACUCCUUUUCUCUGUCACAUCAGUGCUCAUGACCCUUAGAGAGCCAGCCUCAGCUAUACUAGCAACUAUAGCACAAUCUGAUCGUAUCCUACUCCAUAAGGAUGCAGCUCCUCAGAUGCUCUCACUUCUUAACUUAUCGUGUCCAGUAAUCCAACUUCAUCUUCUAAGAGCCCUCAAUAGUAUUUGUGGACACACAAACGCUAAAAGGGCUAGAGCUAGAAUUAGACAAAAUGGUGGAAUGCAGCUCCUCCUGCCAUUCCUGACAGAAAAUAAUGUUGAUAUCAAAACUGCUGCUUUGAAUUUGAUGUUUCAUCUAUCAAAAGAUGCUUCGGCAGAAUUAGCUCAACAGGUUAAGGAGACCCAUCUUGAGAUUUUGGUGAAGGUUAUUUCUUCACCUGCAUCUGGAAGUGAGAAGGCUGCAGCUGUUGGUGUCAUAAGCAACCUCCCGGUGACAGACAAAAAAAUAACUGAGUUUCUGACACGAACGAACUUGCUUCCUCUUCUAAUCUCCUUACUGGAGGCAAAUAUCACAACAUCGUCAACACUUCAAAGGAUGUGGCUACUUGAGGGCAUUGUUGGUGUAUUAACUCGGUUCACCGUCCCUUGGGAUAAGAAACUGCAAAGCUUAGCGGUUGGACAUGGGGUAGUUCCUUGCCUUGUUAAGUUGCUUUCAGAAGGAUCAGUAAAUGCGAAAUCUAAAGCAGCGACAUCCUUGGCUCAACUGUCACAGAAUUCAGUAACAUUACGCAAGACAAAAUCAGCAAGGUGGCUUUGUGUUCCUCCAUCAGCUGAAUCUUACUGCAUAGUUCACAAUUACCAGUGCACUAUCAAAAGCACUUUCUGCUUAGUAAAAGCUGGUGCUGUCAGCCCUCUGGUCCAAAUACUAGAAGGCGAAGAGCGCGAAGCAGAUGGGGCCGUGCUGGAAGCAUUGGCUACUCUCAUGCAGGAUGAGAUUUGGGAACAUGGAGGCAUGGCGAUCGAGAAGGCAUCAGGUGUUCACGCUCUGCUGAGAGUCGCUGAAGCAGGUGGCUUGUCUUCCCAGGAGAAGGCGAUAUGGAUACUGGAGAGGAUCUUCCGACUUGAAGCUCACAGAGAGCAGUAUGGCAAAAUCGCGCAGGCGUUGCUCAUUGAUCUUGCUCAAAAAGGAGACCCUCUCCUGAAACCGAUAAUCGGCAAGAUACUUGCUCACCUUCAGCUACUGCAGACACAGUCGAGCUACUUUUGAGCACGAUGGACACACCUCUUGGCACGAGAUUUUUUUUCAGAGAUCUUACAUGCAGUGCCUGCAUUGAUUUAUUUUUUUUGUGUGUGAAGCUAUUAAUCAUGAAUUGAAGCAGAUACGCACAAAGAUGCAUACAUUGUUCA